AUGGCUACACCCCAGCUCGCAGCAUUCAAGGUCCCCGCCGUCUCCAACGAGCCCAUGAGGAGCUAUGCUCCGGGCUCGGAGGAGCGGAGAGCCCUCCAGGUUGCCAUCGCGCAGAUGGAGAAGGAGCUGCCAUUCGAAGUUCCUUGCGUCGUGAACGGCAAAACAGUGAAGACCGGCAAACUGGCCAAGCAGCCCAUGCCGCACGACCAUGCGAAGCACCUCUGCACAUACCAUGAAGCGGACCAAGCUACCGUAUCAUCUGCCAUAGAAGGUGCUCUCGCUGCGAAGGCGGAUUGGGAGGCGAUGCCCUGGAAUGACCGCGCCGCGAUCUUCUUGAAAGCCGCGAAUCUCGUCAGCGGGAAGUAUCGCUACAAGCUGAUGGCAGCGACUAUCCUUGGCCAGGGUAAAAAUGCCUGGCAGGCAGAAAUCGACGCUGCGGCGGAGCUUACAGACUUUUUGCGAUUUGGUGUGAAGUAUGUGGAGGAGCUGUAUGCGCAGCAACCAUCCCAAAACACGCCAGGAUGCUGGAACCGGGUUGAAUAUCGCGCCCUGGAAGGCUUUGUGUUCGCGAUCUCACCUUUUAACUUUACCGCCAUCGGUGCACCUGCCCUUGUCGGGAACACAGUCGUGUGGAAGCCCUCUCCCGCUGCAACGUACUCAAACUACAUUGUACACCAGAUAUUCUUGGAGGCGGGAAUACCUCCGGGCGUCAUUCAGUUUAUUCCUGGGCCUGCCGAGGAAGUGGUCGCUCAGGUUCUUGGGAACCCGAACUUUGCUGCUCUGCAUUUCACGGGAAGUACAUUUGUGUUCAAGAAGCUCUGGAAAGACAUCGCGGCGAACCUUGAUAAAUACAAAGGAUACCCCAGAAUUGUCGGCGAAACCGGUGGAAAAAAUUUUCAUAUCAUCCACCCAUCAGCGGAGAUCAAGAACGCUGUAAUGCAAACUAUUCGUGGCGCAUUUGAGUACCAAGGCCAGAAAUGCUCUGCAUUAUCGCGUUUAUAUGUGGCCUCUUCCAUCUGGAAUUCUGGGUUCAAGGACCAGCUUCUCGAAGAAACUGCCAAACUCAAAGUGGGCUCACCAAUGGAGUUCACUAACUUCAUUGGACCUGUCAUUGGACGACCAGCUUUUGACAAGAUUACUGGGUAUAUCAAGAAAGCCAAGGAGUCAGGUGGCGAGAUCCUGAUUGGUGGGACUGCGGACGACUCUGUCGGGUACUAUGUGCAGCCGACUGUCAUCCUGAGCAAGGACCCCAAGUCGGUUACGAUGGUGGAGGAAAUCUUCGGGCCUGUGCUCACUGUCUACGUGUAUGAAGACGCUGACUUCGAGAAGACGUUGGAGCUCAUCGACACCUCGUCGCCAUACGCUCUUACUGGUUCCAUCUUUUCCCAGGAUCGCAAAGCGCUCCUUCUCGCGACAAACACACUACGCAACUCCGCCGGAAAUGUCUACUACAACGAGAAGUGCACGGGCGCGGUCGUCGGCCAGCAGCCGUUUGGCGGCGCUCGUGCAAGUGGCACGAACGACAAAGCGGGAAGCAUGUCCAUAUUCUACCGUUUUGUCUCUGCGCGCAGUAUCAAGGAGAACUUUGUCGGGCUGGAAGACUAUCUCUAUCCGUCUAACUUGGCAUAA